CCAACGCAGAUUAUGGUGAAACCCAAUGUAAAGAAAGGAAAUGAAGCAGUUCAUUUUCUUCUACGGUGCCAUGUAAAUGCAGAAAUGAAGAAAAAUCAGUACCUUGUUUAUGUCCACCUUCAUCAACAUUCAGGAGAUAUUGCCUAUGCAAAAUGCUACUGCCCUGCUGGCGCUGGUGGCUGUUGUAAACAUGUGGCAGCUACUUUGUAUCAGCUUCUCGAUUAUAUUGAACUUGGACUCUCAGAUAUACCAGAUGAUAAAAGCUGCACCCAGGAAUUACAAAAGUGGCAUGUCUCUAGAAAGAACACAACACAAGCAGCCCUGCUUUUCGAGGACCUCAUUUUCCCCCAGGAUUCGUAUGAUAAGGACAAAAAAGGACGUAAACGCCAAUACCAGAAGGGAAGAGGGAGGACUACUGCUCAACAAGGAAGAAGGUGUCAAAGGAUGACUUGGAACGGCUUAAAACUAGCUUGGAAAAAGCAGGAAGCACUUGUUAUUUGGUUGGUAUCCUAGGCAACACCAAUUGUGAACCUUGUGAGUUUACUGCAAAUGAAUUACCAUCUAGACAGUGCAUAAUGAAGGCAGGGAAGUGGGUGACAAACUGGACCAAACAGCUGUCAGAUCUAGUAUUCUAAAAAAUUUAACUCAGAAUUUAGAUUGUACUUGUGUUCCAGACAAGGAAAAAAAUUGUGAAAAAUAUAUUAUGGAGAAAUUGUUUGUUAAUAAUGAGGGAUGCAGAGAGAUUGAGAAGAACACGCGCAAGCAAAAUGAGUGUGAAGAGUGGUAUAAACAGAGAAAAUGUCGGUUGACUUCAUCAUUAUUUGGUUGUGUAGUGAAGAGGAGAAAAACAAUCUACCCAAAAACUAUUGUGAACAAGAUUACUUAGCCAAGUCAAAUAAAGAAUGCAAGUUGUCAAUGGGGAAUCGAGAACGAACAGAAGGCGUUGAUAAAGUACCAUGAAUAUAAAGAUGAAAUCAACGAGCAUGUAGCUCUUUGUUCAGCCUGUGGUUUAGUAGUCAAUCCAAUGUGGCCAUGGCUUGGUGCUAGUCCAGAUGCUCUCAUAUUGGACAAGAGAGAAGAAUCAAUGUAUGGAGCUGUGGAGGUAAAAUGCCCUGCAUCUAAAUCUGGGAUGAGUAUCAUCAAUGCAUGCAGUAACAAGUC